AUGGAGAGCCAUCACCGAGCUGCCGUCGUGACGCGCUCUGAGACAGGCUUCAAAUUCCAGGUCCAAGAUGUCCCAGUCCCCAAGCCACAACCAUGGGAAAUUCUCAUUAAACUGUCAGCUACUGGCGUUUGCGGUACAGACAUGGCCCUCGCGGGUGGCUACCUAGGCCCAUGUCGCGACAUACUCGGCCACGAAGGAGUAGGUCGCGUCGUUCAAAUUGGCUCUGGUGUAGAUCCAUCCACCGUCAAAGUGGGCGAUCGCGUUGGGGUUGCUUGGGUACGAGAUGUCUGCGGACAAUGUUCCUGCUGUCGCCAACCCGGCGGUGAAGUCCGUUGCUUAGAGCAGCAAAACUCGGGACGGAAGUGGGACGGUACAUUCGCUGAGCAUUGCCUUGUUCCCAGUAGGUAUGUUCUGGCUCUUCCAGACGACCAAGACCUACCAGACGAAUUUGUGGCGCCCAUACUAUGUGGAGGCGUCACUGCAUACAAGGCCUUGAAAGCCUGCGAAGCCACGCCGGGAGAAUGGAUUGCUAUAGUCGGUGCAGGUGGUGGAGUAGGUGGUCUUGGAAUACAGUAUGCCAAAGCUAUGGGGUACCGAGUGGCAACAGUUGACGUUGGACCCGCAGAGGAAUUCUGUAUGAGGAUGGGCGCUGACGCAUACUUCGACGGGUCAAGUCCUGAUACACCAGCAAAGUUGAAGAAGUUGACUCCCAAUGAAGCCGGUGCGAAAGCAGUCAUCGUCACAGCAGGAUCAGGCAGGGCGUAUCAAAAUGCCCUUGAUCUUAUUGCUGUCUUUGGUACUCUCGUUUGCGUCGGGAUACCACCUCCGGAUCAAGCAAUGAGCCUGCAUCCUCUGACUCUUAUAGAUCGAGGGAUCAAGCUACUUGGAACGUUGGUAGGAACAAGGACCGAAACGCUCGAGGCUCUGGAGUUUGUGCGAAGAGGUGUUGUCAAGCCUAUCGUCCAGUCGAUUAGUUUCGAUGAGAUGGAAGACCUAGCAGAGAAAUUCUCUACAACAUCUGGAAAACUGGUUAUCCAGUUCCCACUGCCUUAG